UUAAUUAAUUAAUUAAAAAAAAAAAAAAAAACACAUCAGAGAAUUCUUGGGGGGUUUCUUGUUUUUGUAGGACACAAAAGAAUACAAAAGAAAGCCAUAGCAGAUAACUCUUAUACUUCCUCAUCUUACGAUUCUUGAAUCUUCAUACCAUUCCAGGAAGGAACUGGAUAGAAGAUUGCUUCAAUACAAAUACCCCUCAGAACGUAUUCAGAGUAAAUUGUCAUCAAACUGAGAAACAAAUUGACAAACGGUUGAGCUCUUAGCAGAAGGCCAUGAAUAUCCAUACUGUUAUUUCCUUGAAUAGAAGGGAAAAUCCAGGAGUGAUGCAUACCCAUUAUACUGGACACUCCCCCAUUUAUUCUUCAGUGAACUGUGAGUCUCUUCUGCCCCGUUGCAUACCAUCAAAACCAUUCAAUUCCGGCAUCACACGUCACCAGCAGAAGUUAAAUGCGAACCCUGUGCCAAAUGAUAAUGUUUCUUCUACUUCUCAUAGCCCAGGUCUCAAAAGCACUAUGUUCUGCACUGAUUUACACUUAUCAUCUAUAAAAAGUUCUGAGACCAACCACCAACCACUCGGAAUCUCACCUUUCCUUCCACAUCCACAUCCACAUCCACCUAUUGGUAAUCAUAUCAUUCCUGCUAUUAAUUCUCCUGAUUCCUCAUGUUUUCUGGGAGGAGAGUUAACCACUGAGUCUGAAAAUGACAAAUUGAAUGCCUUGAUGGACUUGCUUGAUAUUCCUUUCGAACAUUCUGUUCGAAGCUCAAGCUUUAAAGGUUCACAGCCUGCAAUAGAGGGUUUGGCUUUGACAGAGAAGAUAGAAUUAGAAUAUAUUUCCAAAGAGCUUGACGUUGCGAUUGAUGAUGAUACCAAUAAUCCCAUGAUUGAUGGAAUAUUUGAAGUUUCUCAGGUUUCAUCUUCAAUCCCUGUCAAUGACUUGGAUUGCAUGAAAAAGUAUCAUUCUUCAAUAGCUCAGAAAGCUGAUAGUGUUUAUUUUAACAAUGGACUACUUCAUGAGGCUGCAACUUCUAGUAAGCAAAGAAUAAGGUGGACAACUGAGCUCCAUGACCUGUUUUUGAGUGCUGUUAAAACCCUUGGUGGUCCUGAAAUUGCAACUCCAAAGAAGAUUUUGGGGAUUAUGAAUGUUAAGGGCCUAAACAUAUACCAUGUCAAAAGCCACUUGCAGAAAUAUCGACUUGCCAAGGAUUUUCCACAGCAGAAACAUGAUAAAAAGGUUUCCAGUUCUGCAGAAAAUAAGGCAGCUUCUUCGAACAAUGAUAAUGAUGCACAAAUUAAGAGUGAUAUGCAAGUCACAGAGGCUCUGCGCCUGCAAAUCGAAGUUCAAAAGAUGCUGCAUGAGCAACUAAAGGCACAAAGAGAGUUGCAGCUACGUGUAGAGAAGAAUGGAGAGUUGUUGAGAAAGUUAAUGGAAGAACAACCAUCAUUCUUCAAUUCACUGUCAAAAUCUGAUCAGGAGCAGUCUCCUUCCUCAUCUGCUAUUAUGCCCUCACCACGGCCAUCAACUCAUACAGCCACCAAAUCUGAGUCAAAAUGUCAUAAACGGCUCCGAGGAGAAAGUAAUUCAAGAGCAGCAUCCAGUGAAAGUAUCCAGUUGAUAAAUAUUGAAUGAGUAGUUUGUUAUACGCUAGCAGACCAGAAUUGCUUCUGACGUUUGAAGAACCUUUUGCUAUGUCCCAGUAUAACUUCAUUCUGGCUAUAUCUUCUCAUGUCAGACAACAGAAAGAUAAUAAUGUUGCCUUUAAUAAAUAUUGUGGAUGAGUGUCUAAUAUAUCACAUCUGAAAAUCGAUGGAAAUAUGUAUCAAUACAGCUUAGAUACAAA